CAUAAACUCGCAUCCUUUGUCUCCUCCGCAGAGUUAGAGAGAGUGCAGAGUGGGAGACGAAGUGAGGAGAAACGAGCAGUUGAAGUGACCAAAGAGAAGUCCAUCAAAGUCACAGUCAAGGUGCUGGUGCCGACGCGGGAACACCCCAAGUUCAACUUCGUGGGCAAGCUGCUGGGACCCAAAGGCAACUCCCUCAAGCGGCUUCAGGAGGAAACGAUGACCAAGAUGGCGAUCCUGGGACGCGGCUCCUUCAGGGACAAGGCGAAGGAGGAGGAGUUACGUAAGAAUCCUGACCCGAAGUACGGACACCUGCAGGAGGACUUGCACGUGGAGGUCACCGCCCACGCGCCUCCUGCCGAGGCCUACGCCAGGAUCGCCUACGCCCUCACGGAGAUUCGUCGGUAUCUGGUGCCG